CGGUUGGUGAAUGAGGCCCAGUGCAAUUCAGUGAAUGUGUCCUCUUACUCAACAGCCACUUCUUCAAAUAGGAGAAUUGAAGCGCUUCCCAUUUCUUUCUCAUGAACAGCAGCAGGCAUCAUCCAGAUACAAAACCGGGCAGGUUAGCUUCACCCCACACUUCCAGAACAUGAUGGAGAACCACUACAGCAGUAUGGACGUGGACGAAGAACACAGGGGAUCGCCUAAAGCUUUUAACCACAGGAAACUGAGUUUCAUCCUGUUGGUGUCUGGGGCUUUGGUCAUCUUUAUCCUAUUUGUUAUGAUUUUCGUCGUAUAUGGCUAUCAGGAGAGGAGAUUUGCGGAGUUGGAGCGCUCCAUGAUUUCUCACCAUUCUUCAGUUAACUCGAUGAAUUCUGAUCUGAAAGGCAAACUGAAAGACACAGGUACCGAAUUGGAAACAAUGGUCUCAGAACUGAAGAAGUCUGUGUCAGGUCUCAGCUCCUAUGUGGACCUGUACACUUCCAGAAUGCACGACCAACUCAACACUGGACCCCAGGUGAAUAAGUUAUCUGAAAUUCAGAUCUUAAUGAACAAGCUGAAUUCCUCACUCGGUUCCCUUUCCUCAAAAAUGGAGACCAAACUGCAGGACGCAGCCACUCAGCAGAACGGCCAGCACACAGAGCUGAAGAGAUUCCUCGACCAUUUAAAUUCUUCUGUAUCAGAACUGACAGCCAAACUACAGGAUACUGAUCAGAAAGUGAUGGCUGCUUUCAGUGAAAUGAAGGAUAAACUGGAGAGCAGCAGUAAAACAGCAGGUCUUGUCCAAGAAUCUCAGAACAGGACGCUGAUUGAGGUGGUGAAAUUGUCUUCUUCUGUAGAGUCUCUGUCUUCUAAGCUGCAGAGCACAGAUCAGAGAGUGAUGGACGCUCUGAAUGAAAUGAAGGCUAAACCGGAGAACAGCAGUAAACCAGCAGUGACUAGCUGUAAGCCUGGAUGGACGCAGCGUCUCUCCAGAUGUUACUGGUUCUCCAAUGACACUCGGAACUGGCACCAGGCGAGAGAAUACUGCAGGACCCAGAAUGCCUCAAUACUCAAAGUGGAAAAUGAAGAUGAAUGGGCAUUUGUAACUGCUAACUUGAAUGAAUACUGGAUUGGUCUCACAGAUGAAAUCACAGGGCAGUGGAGAUGGGCUGAUGAAACACCUUAUGUGAUAGAUAGAAAAAAGUGGGCACCCGGACAGCCUGAUAACUGGACCGGUGACGGAGAGGAUGGAGAACACUGUGCACAUAUAAGACGUAGGAAGCUGAAUGACUUGCACUGCAAAAUUAGAAUGAACUACAUCUGCAAGGCGUAGAUCGCUCUGCACGGAAAAGACUGGUGUGUUGGGUGUUCAUGGACAAAAUGCACGUUUUGUACAUUUGAGUGAUUCAGGACUUUUGAGACCAGACCUUAAUAACAUGCCUGUAAACAAACCUGUGGUUUUAUUAUGUAACUUUUAGAUUUCAGUUUAUUCUACUUUUUAAUAGUAAGGCAUCCAUUUGAUUUUGAACAUUGUAAUGUGCAGUGAUGAAGGGACUCUGUGAAGUGGAGAACCUGCAGUGAAGUAUGUUUUAUGGCACUGAAGCCUCCAGCAUUACCGUGUACUCACAGCCUUUCCUCUGUAGAAUUUUUGUAGAGCAUUGUAAAUAAUAUUUACAAUUCAAAACCAGGCUGGUCACAACUGGACUGUGGGUAGAUCUGAGGGGUGAAGAUUCUGAUUAUUUGCACCCCACACCACAGGAUAAUCUGGGAAGAUGAUCAUUUAAGACCUUUCUGAAAUUUGGACAUCAUCUGUGAUUGUCGGGAGGCGAAUCAGCCUCAAAAUCGGCCCAAUUAUCCUGCACUGUUGGACACUGGGGGCCAGGUUUACUAAAAGAGGUGCUAGUUACCAGCUGCCUACUGACACUUUGCAUCUGUGGGACGUGUUUUUUUUUUGUUGGUUUUUUCUUCCAUGCAAAUGAACACAGUCUCAACUUCAUAAUUAACAUAUGAGCAGCACAGUAUAACUGCAUGUUUGACUCACAUGCUUUUUGCCAUGUAAGGGAAAAGGGCCGUGACCCAAACCGCAUACUACAGCACUGAAUAGUGUUAAAAAUCCACCAUUAGAAGUGCAUAUAUUAGUGUAGUAUGUAAAGUAUAGAAGUGUGCAGAAUGGGACGCAGCCAAAACGUUUUUUAUCCUCUGAUAAACUGACUAAUAGCUAAAGAACAAGUUAUUAAUAAUAAAAAUGUAAAAAUAAUGACAUUUGUAUAGCGCUUUUCUAGGACCCAAAGAUGCUUACAGAUUACAAUUAGUAGCACAACAACAAAUGACACAGGAGAGAUACAUAUUCACAGCACAGAUGACGAACUGACGUGAGCCGUUCUUUGAGAAAGUGUCAACAUUUUGACAUAGGUAAAAACAAAAAUGUUAGAUAAAAAAUGAUUAUUUUGACUUUGUUUUGAAACAUGCUCGUUUUUGUGGUUUGAGCAGAACUUGAGUGUGUUUAGAAUUUGUGUUAUUUUGUAAAAUCUGUUUAAUUUGACUGAGAACUUCCCGCUCUGUUGGGAAAAAUGAUUUGAGGCAAUGAAUGAGGCAAAAGCACAAACAAGCAGCUCCACCCCUUUUUUAGUAAAUGUUGACACACUUUUUAAGGCCAAAACAGAGUUUGUGACGAUACAAAAUGUAGCUAAACGUGCCCCAGAUGGAAAACGGCUAACUUGUGAUGAAUAAGUUGAUACCAAAUGAUGAUCUUGAAAGUUAAUUAUUAAAUUAAAUCCACAUGAGCAGAGUGUAAAAUAAACUUGAGCUGGA